AAAUAAAAGUUAUGUUAAAUUACCAAUUUGUUUUAAUUUUUAUUAAAAAUCUAGUUUAAUUUGUUACUCGUACAAUAGUUUUCACUUUUUCAGUGAAAUUAAGAGAUAAAUUUUCACUCCUUACUAUAAGUGUUUACAAUUGUAUUGCCAUAGUAACCCACUUAAUGUUGUUAUUACUUGGAUUAUUAGCCAACUAGUUUUUUAAAAAUAUUUUAAUUUAUAUAAUACUAUAAUAAAUUAAACAUGGAGCUUUAUAGACUAGAUUACACAUUGUUAGGCAUGGUUUCUUCUAAUUGUAUGAAAGUUUUGCCAAUUUCUCAAAAUGAUGAAGCUGAAAAGAAGACACAAAAAAUCAUUGUUGGCGAUCAAGAAGGAAUUGUUCAAAUGUUUCAAAUCCGCAAAGGAAAAAUUAACAUGUUAUUUAAAACACUACCUUUAGAAAAAAUAACUGAAGUUUGUUUAGGAGGAACUCUUGGUACUGUUCAAGAUAAAAUAUUUUUGUCAAUGGGUACAUCUGUUCGCGGAUAUACUAAAAAAGGUCGAAUGUUUCUUAGUUUUGAUACUGGAUUAUUGGAAUCAAUUAAAUGCAUGUAUGUUACUGGGAAUGAACUUUUGGUAUCGGGGAAACAUAUAUUUAACCACUUUAAUGAUUGCAAAGAUAUUAGCACUUAUUUAUGUCCAGAAGUAAUUAAUAGCAUUAUAACAUUAGAUGUAAUAAAGAUGCAAGGUGUAAUGCCUAUUCUAGCAUGUGCUGAUUUAUGUAUUAGAAUACUUGAAGGUUCAACUGUGAAAGAAAUAUUUUAUUUGUCAUCAGAACCAAUUUGUUUGCAUUUAAUGAAAAACAAUGGUGGUUCAUAUGGAAAUGAAUUAUUAGUGGGACUUCAAAGCGGGCAUGUUGUACUUCUUAAAAUAGAAAAAAAUGCUUCUACUAGUAUACUUUGGGAACUUAUAACUCAAUCAAAACAAGGAGCCAUAACAUGUAUUGAUUGUUAUGAAUUUAACGGAGAAGAUCAUCUUUUAAUUGGGCGCCAGAGUGGAUCGGUUGAGGUUUAUUCAUUAGAAUCACAUUCUGUUCCUAUUGAAAAAUAUAAAUAUAGUUGUUCAGAAAGUAUAACUUCAAUUCAAGGUGGAGCUAUAAGAAGUUUUGGUAUUCCAGAAAUUGUUGUCACAACUUUUACAGGUUGGCUUUUUGGAUUAACUUUUGUUGAUCAACAUAUUGAUAAAGAAAUUGUAUUGGAAUCAUCAAACAUAAUUUUAAAUGAUGAAAAACAAAAAAUAUUAGAUAUAAGGACUGAAGUAAGUGAUCUGGAAAGACAAGUUGCUAUAGAAAGAAAUAAAUAUUUGGAAUUCACCCAAAAAAGUUCAAGACCCUCUGUUUUACCUUAUUUAGCUAUUAAGAAUUCUAUGUUUUUAGAUUCAGAAAACUUAAUUUAUCAUUUAAUAAUUGAAUUAGAAGCCACUAUUGAUAAUGUUUUAUUGCAAUGCAAUUGUUUAAUUAAUUUGAUUGAUGUUGAAAAUAAUAAUAACGCAGUUGUAAGCAAGAGUAAAUGUAAAGAAGAGGACAGUAAUAAAUUAUUGAUUACAUACAGAUGUCAAUUAAACACGACAAAAUUAGAAUUGAAAAUGUGGUCACACGAAGGUGAUCAUGGAAUUUUAACUGCUUAUAUUACACCUUUAUUACAACCUAAAUGUUGUCAAGUCUGUAAAUUUCCUAUCAAGCCACUUUUAUAUCAUCAAAGAACUAAAAAAAAUAUAGUCUAUCAACCUCAGAGUUUUUUGACACUAUCUGGUGGAUUUAGUCUUUCAGAAGCUCAUUUGUGGAUUUCAAACUGCUUGCCAGGUUUUCCUGAAAAACCAGCUUCUCAAGAAAACUUAGAAUAUUCUUUUGAAUCAAUAAUAUUAGAUACAGUUUUAUUGUGUGCUUAUAGUCGAGGAUCAAUAAACAUAAAGACUGACAAUAUUACUGCGAUUGCAAUCCUCAAGGACAACUUCAGUAGAGAUGCUACAAGGAAAAAUAUUAAAUUGGACAUGACUUACGAAAUAUCAGAAGGUAGUUUAAUAUUGAUGAUUGAUGCAAUUGUUUCUAAAUUGAAAACUGACAUAAAAAAUGACAAAACAUUGAAGCUUAUUAAUGCUAUAAAACAACUAUCAGUCAAUCCUAAUACAAAUGGAGAAUCACUCACAAAAGAGUAUUUACUGAUGAUUUCCAAUGAAGACAAAUUAAAAAAAGAAGCAUCUCAGAGACCAUCACGCAUGCAGCGUUUACAAGCUAUUAUGUUGGCAUUGUUUGACGAUUGGCACAAAUUGAAAGGGUUAAAUGUGAAGCCUAACUCACGAGAGGAUUUACAAGAAGCUCUACAGACAAGCAAUACAUUGGAUUCAUUAAUUAGCAUGUUUGAACUUUAAAUGUUCCCUAAUUAAUUUAAUAAACUACAGACAUGCAUUGAGAGCCGCGUAUUAAUAACGUCGUUCGACAUCAUUCUAUCGAAGAACGUUUCCCGACUUUUCUCACAGUUAUAAUUGGAAUUUAGCUAUAUGUUUUUUGGUGUUAUCGUAUUCUGUCCGGUACCUGUAGGAAAAGAGCUUAACAACUUACUGACUGUCAUAGUGUUAUCGUUAGUGAUGGAGGUGAUGUCGAUUUAAGCGGCUUUUGAACCAUUGGUACUGUUAGUGUCGGAGGAGAAGAUGGGUUUAACGAUAUAGGUGCCGAUGACGGAGUCGAUGGACCUUGCACAGUGGGCGACAUGGGUUUAUUUGAUCAGGAUAUAAGAAAUAAAUGCUGGUUCUACGACGAGUUGUCUAUAAUGAACAUUCGAUGGGUUCUUGUCGUAACAUUUACCCAUAAAUGCUGUGGGCGACACUCAUGUCGAAGUACGGUCAGGCCAAUAUAAAAACUGUAUGUGAAAGAUCCAUCCCAAUGAUUUGCGUUUUUCAUUACUUCUUAGUUCUCAUACAUUCAAACGUGUUAAAUAAAAAUGUAGUAUAAUUUAUAUUUUGUACAUUGUAAAUAAAUAAUAAUAAUAUA